UCGAGUCCAGUGCGACGGCUCCACCUCCGCUGGACGACGUGGUUCUGACGCCAGCAUCAGAGAUGGAGCCUGGACGGUACCGGGCUUCCAGCCAAUCAGGCGGCUCCUCAUUGAUGAGCAUUGAUGUAUUGAUCUGGGGUUCGAGCUCACACUCGUCUGGGUUUUUACUGGGAAUUUGUGAUGACUUUUGGAAAAACCCAGCUGUUUGUGUUUGUUUUUGUGUUUGUGCAGAUGAAACUGUAGGUGUUUCCCGCUAAAGGGACACGUUGUUUGGUUGUGUUUUAUCUAAUAUCAAAAACGAAAAUGAAAAAGCCACCUGAAAGCAGAAGUGAAGGUCUUAAAGCCGCUCGUCGUCUGCAGCUUCAUUCUCAGGUUCAGUGACGUCAGAAUGAGGGACACGUCUCCGUUGCUGAGUUUCCUGUUCAUCAUUUCGGCUUCGUCUGAAGGUGAGAUCUGUCGCGUGCUUCCGGUUCCGUGAACCCGUCGCUCGUCUCUGAUUCUGUCGCUCCGCUGCACUGGUCGCACUCAGAGCUGGAUGAUUCUGGUGCCGGUUCCGCUUCAUGAGCUUGCGGCUGUUUUACAUGGUUUUCUACAGUAGAACCCGCUGUCAGAUCGUCGGUGUGAUGUGUUUAAAGGAGUAAAUGCCGCUCCUUCAUGAAACCCACACUGGUUCCGGUUUAGCCCCUCGGGCAGUGACACGGAACAAGUUCUGGUAGAAGGAGACAACUGGACAGAGGAGGUUCUGAUGGAGCCCAGGUCACGCGUUCUCGUGGGUCAUGGCCGUUUUGUGACCUGCAGGACAGAACCGGGUGCUGGUGCCGGUGGGAGGAGACGCCCUGCUCCAGUGUGCUGGUUCCACUGGGGCCCACGUGUCCCUGCUGGAAUGGACCCGACCGGAGCUGAGCUCCGCCGGCUACGUCUUCUUCUACCGGGAUCAGCACCUCUACCAGAACUACCUGCAUCCAAGGUUCGUGGGCCGAGUGGAGCUGAGACAGGACGGAGACGGGUCUGUGGUUCUGAAGAAUGUCACAGAAGCCGACGCAGGAACCCAUCAGUGCUUCAUUUCUGUGAGCGGAACGGGUCACAGAAUCAGAGCCAGCGCUGACUUCAGCAGAACCGUGGAGCUGCUCAUUGAAGACGGCCGCACAGCCGAGUGGACCGCAGGAGACGCGUUCUGGGGGCUCUUAACUCUUGUUAUGGGAAAAUUGUUUCAUCCUUAUUCUAUGCAGUUAUUAUAUGAUUUAUGACUUGUGUUCUGCAGUAAUAUCUAUGUUUUGUCCUACUUCUGUUUUAUGUAUUUGACAUUUCACCUAUUGUUCAAUGGUCGUCUCUGUCUGAUAGACUCUGGACUCUAGCUCCAAACCCAAGGACAGGAGUUGUGUCUCUGUCUGUUGAGACUUAGGGCUCCUUCCUCUCUGAUCCUCAGACGCCAGUGAUGCAGGUGUGAGAAUGUGAACAUCUCCACACACUGUGACAGGAUGAGACGGUGCAUCAGUCUGAUUGGGCCACACACACGCUCCACCGUAGUCGAACAGAGAGGUUUUUCUUUUUUUUACUGAAGCUGUUUUAAAUCUUUUUAAAGAUUGCCUCACUCAUGUUUUCAUAUAUAAAUAUUUAAAAGCUGCCGCCAGUUCCUCCCACAGCAGCUCCACUGGUUGAGCACUGGUUGAGGUGAAGUCUCAGAUAAGGAACCAGAACCAGAAUCAGACGGAUCAGAUUCAUCCUGAUACUGAGUUUCUUUCUCUUUCUCUUUUGUAAAUUCCAAUAAACUCCCCUUUCAUCAGCGUUCCAUCAGAGCAGCUCGGUCCAACUUAUGAGGGGAUCAAAUAAUGUGAGGUAAUAUUUAAAAAACACGUUUAUAACAACUCAAGCAUGUUUUGGCAGCACUUAAAAAAACCUUUAACUAAAAGAAACUAUUUUAUCUGUUGAAGUUAAACAAGUCUUGGUUUUCUUGGGAUGUUGUUGUUUUACCUUUUCCUUUUUUCCGUCAAAUUGCUGCUGAAAACAUCCAUUGUGGGACUAAUAGGGUCGUAUCCUACCCUCAAUGAUAGUUGAAACCUCCUAGAUCCCACGUUUAGGAAGAACUCUGCUUCUGAGGGCGGCCGCAGUGCAGCGUGUGGGAACCAGAACCUAUGGGUUUGGACCUGGCUCCGGUUCAGACUGAACCAAACGCAGCAGGUCCAAGACCUUCAGACCUCAUGUUAGUGAACGACGCCACCAGCUGUUCGCAUUGAGUCACUGCAGCGUCUCCUGAAACCAGUCAGCGUUAAGUUCAGCUCAUGAGUCAUAAAAAUGAGUAAUAAACACAAACUACACCUCAACUCCUUCAAGGCCACUUUUGGCCAGUUGAUAUUUAAUUCCUUGUUAUUCACAAAAUGAAAAAAUAGUUUCAUUCUAAAGUCUGUAAUGUGUGUGUUUAUGUGUACAUACACAUUACACAUAAACACACCUUAACACAUCAUCAUUUCCAAGUUCUCCCUGUUUUACCCUCCCUCCAGGUUAGUUUUUCCAUUUAGUUACUUUUCAUUUAAAAAUCUAGGGAGUGUUUUGAGUCUGAUUUAACACUAGAAAAAACAACCUGAGUCUUAGAACUGAACUCACCAUCUCCAUCUCAGACUGACACUCAGUAUCACUUUAAGGAGGUCAUUUUGAUAGAGACUGUUUUCCCCUCAAUGCAAUGAGAGUCUGCAGGGAGAUGUGCCUUUUUGAUUUUUUGUCAGUAGAGUUUACAGUGAAAUUCCACCAGGAUUAUUUGUCUCCAGAUUUUGCUGCUGCGAAAACAACCUGGUUCAUUUUCCAUCAGCUUCUACUCUCAGAGCUGUAACUGAUGCUGUAGCAGGAUGCUAAACGUUACCCUGUGAUGACCUCACCUGCUCCAUCACAUGCACCACUCAGUCACAGCAUCUCAGCUGCUCUUCUGCUUUUCUCAAGUUACUGCUCCUCCAAUCUCAUAAUAAUCUACUUUCAUUCAAAGUUUGGUUUCCUUAUCAAGUAAGAUCAGUAGCAAAACAGAAGCAAGUUAUUAAAGUACAACACAAUCAAAUAUAUCGUUUGCAUGCGAGGUUAGAAUGUGACUGACUGAAAAAAGCACAGCUAUCUAUAUAAACUAGUAAUUUGAAUAAACACCUGCUUUUGUUGCAGGCUAUUUGAAUCCUAUCAGGUGUCAAGGAACGAUGAGGUGCAAGUUCUAGGACUUUAGAAUCAGACUUCUUCAAAAACCGGGCUGAAAUGUACAAAGACAUCUGAAAAUAUUGACGAUUUUGUUGCGUAAUUCUUGUUUGCACUGACUGCGUCGAGCACCAGGUUGUGUAAAUGAAAGCUGAACAUUUGGCCCAUAUUCACCUUCCGCUCUUAAGCCCAAGCAGCUUCCUGGUUCAGUAAAUACAUUAGCGCAGCUUCGUUAAUGGCUGUUAGCUCAAGCUGUCGUGUGGGUCUGGAAAGGUUGCCAGUUCAAACCCAGUGGAGCCCAGGUGUGUCCUUGAGCCAGGCACAGCCCACUGCGUCCCCAGGGUUACGGGUAUGAGCUCUAAGGGUCAAAUGCAGAAGACAAGUGUCGUUUCUCAAAACAAAAUGGCAAAUUCUGACAAAUUUUAAAUAAACGUGUAUCUUGUAUGUUUGUUAUUAGUAAAAUGCGUUUUGGAGUUGGUGGCAACAAAGAUCCACGAGAGGGCGGUUCUCUGAAUGAUCCAUCGACAGACUUUCAUACAGUCCACCCUCAUGGAGCUGACGAUGUGAACACAGAGCGAGAUGAGCAGAACUGUGAGGGCGGAGACAGUCAGAACUGGACAGCAGCCGCAGGACCAGAACCAGAACCCUCUCCACUGGAUGAAAACAGGAGCAGGACAAACAGCACAGCUCACUGCAGACAGACAUGUCGUCCAACUCGUCUCUCAGUCAUUUAUUCUCCAGCUGCUUCGAAUCCAGAUUGACAAACCUGAUCUUCACAUCCCAGCUCAUCACCAGCCUCCUCCUCUACCUCCCUCUGUGGCUCUUCAUCAUCUAUGUAGGCGCCCAGCGACGGCGGCGGCAGCGCUCGUCUGCUGCAGCUGCAGUGAUGAGCCACUCUGACUGUUUGACCUACAACAUGGCUGCUACGGACACGCUCAGCAUCCUGGCGUCUGGCUGUUACUGUUCUGCUGUUUCCAGCAGGCUGCAGUGGGCGGGGUUCUCCAUCUUCGCCCUCACCGUUCCUGGACAGACUCUGUUCCACCUCCUCACCUGUGUGGAGCGCUACCUGGCCGUCGUGCACCCCGUCGCCUACCUGGCUUUGAAACAGGCGGGUGGGGUCAGGAUCAGGAACGUCAGCUCUGGGUGCGUUUGGCUGCUGUGCUGUAGUAUGACGGGUUGGAUUCAAGUGAUUUUAACCUCCCUCUAUUUCGGCCUCAUGUUCUUCUUCCUGGUCGUCAUCUGUUUCUGCACCUUCUCCAUCCUCCGUGUUCUGAAGCACCCGGGUCCAGGCCGGUCCAGGCGGUCAAAGCAGAGGGCCUUUCACACGGUGGUGGCCGUACUGGUAGCGCUGACCUCCAGGCUGGUGGCCGUACUGGUAGCGCUGACCUCCAGGCUGGUGGCCGUACUGGUAGCGCUGACCUCCAGGCUGGUGGCCGUACUGGUAGCGCUGACCUCCAGGCUGGUGGCCGUACUGGUUUGUAGUGUGAUGUUCUCCCUGAGUCUGACUGAUGCUGGUUGUGCAGUGGGCUCAUCGGCCAUGUGGUUGUCUGCUCCUGGAAGCCUGGUGCUGCCUGUGCUGUUCCUGCAACGAGCCGGAAAACUACCAGGAGGCAGAAAAGCUAUGAGCCCCACCAGAGAAAGAUGAGCUGCCAUCACUGACACAGUACAUUUAAACUGUGUGUAGCUCCUAUGGUGGGUCUCUAAAAUCACAUGUGAUGUUUAUGUUCAUUACUUUAUAUGUUCUAACAUUGUUAGUUAGUAAUUAGUUAUUGUAGAAUGAGUGUAAUCAUGACAGUUUAUCAUCAUGGAAUAUUUUUUCCCUUUUAUUCAGAUAUGUUGCUUCAUUAGUACAAAUGUUUGUGUGUUUUUACAGUUAAUCUUUUUUUUUUUAUAUUUAAAAUCUAACAAACUAGUAAAUCUUUGACUUCGGUCAUAAAUUGCCACAAUAAUACGUUGUUCUAAACUAAAGUAUAGUUUACUUGUUUUAUAAUAUGCAAAGAAUCCACAGUCCUGCAGGCACACGGCACAUUUUACCACACAGUGAACACACUCACAGUGGGUGAGGUCAGUGUAAAGAACCAGCCACAACCAUGUGCACGGUCAGCAGUCAGACCUUUAUUUUGGUAAGCGAAGUUGGUUUGUCCCACAGUGAACACAGGACAGUGAAGUGCUGGUGUCUGAAUAGGAAACAGGAGCAGCGUUUCCCUCUACAGUGUCUCGUUUGAGAGUUUUUGGAACAAGGUUGACUUGAAAUAAACCAAUAAAGAGAAAGAGUGACGUUACAUGAAUGGAUGUGUGGUCACAUCGGUCUCACUGACUGUAGGACUGCAGGACAAUGAGGAAACAGCUUGGAGUAAUGGGUUUGUUCAACAGUGAGGGUCUCAGGUUCAUGAAGAUGUUCCCACUCACUGCAGCCACAGACCUCCCACAUACACACACAUGACACCUGCCUCAGCAGCCGAGCAGCAGGUGCUCAGAACCAGCGACACCUUCAGAUUUGAAUACAACACAGGAUUUGUUUUGAGCCUCCUCCUCACGCUGCAGUAAUAGUUUCAUGCAGGCGCUGAGAGGAGCAGCUCCUCCCUCCUCCAGCGCUGUGUCCUGAUUACAUGAGGCGUGUAAGAAUAAAAUGCAUAAAACAACAUUGGUAAUUGUUUUCCAGAGAAAUAUUAUUUGAGGACGCACGAGGACGGCGCCUGGUUGAAGCCAGCGCGUUCUAUGGAACCUCAUUCAUUUCUACCAGUGUUGGUGCAGAUG